UAAGAGGGAAGUCCAGGAGCAGAGCAUUGUGUCCUUCCUGGAGAGGGUCAUGUUGGGAGAUACCACACCCACCAUUCAGCAGUUCAUGCAUGCAGAAUAGACUGGGUGUCGGCUGUGGAUGCUCCCAGCUCUGUUACUUACCAUGCAGCUGGACAGACUUAAAAUGUGCAUUGAAAGAAAAUGGCGUUGUAUUUUGAUCUACAUCACGGUUUUCCUACUGAUUUCCUCAUUCUGCUGGUACAACCCAAAAAUCAACACAUGGCGCUCUGGAUUUACAUUUCUCCAUCACCCACUAUUCAGGAAUCAGGGCAUGGAAGCUCAACUGUGUCAAGGCAGAUCAACAAUGAAUCCUGUCACCAACCCCUCGCAUGUGAAACCAUUGGAACAACUGGACCAAUUAGAACAAGUCUCGCUUGAGAGAAUGCUGUAUGUAAAGCCGGAUGCCAUGAGACCCCCGAGAUCUGACGUCUCGAUGAUGACACCUUGGUUUGCUCCAAUUGUAUGGGAUGGCAGCUUUAAUAUUGACAUCCUGAAUGCGCAAUUCCAUCUGAAAAAUGUCCGCAUUGGCCUCACUGUGUUUGCUAUUAAAAAGUAUACGGUCUUUGUCCAGACUUUUAUUAACACCGCUGAAAAGUUCUUAAUGGUAGGACAUAAAGUCAACUAUUACAUAUUUACGGACCGCGUUGGUGACAUUCCCAAUAUCACUCUCGGUGAGGGCAGACACAUGUUCAUCUUGGAAGUCCCCAGUUACAAAAGAUGGCAGGAAGUGUCAAUGAGGCGCAUGGAGAUGAUCAGAGAUCAUUCCCUUCGACGAUUUAUCAACGAGGUGGACUACUUGGUGUGCGUAGACGUAGACAUGGAGUUCAGUGACCAUGUUGGAGUGGAGAUUUUAAGCGAUGUGUUUGGCACGUUGCAUCCUGGCUUCUAUGGAUCAUCUCGUGACCACUUCACCUAUGAGCGCAGACCAGAGUCUACAGCUUACAUUCCUAGAGAUGAGGGCGACUUUUACUAUGCAGGAGGAUAUUUUGGUGGUACGGUGGAAGACGUCUAUAAACUGACCAACUUCUGCCAUGACGCUAUGAUGAUGGACAGGGAAAACCACAUUGAAGCCAUCUGGCACGAUGAGAGCUAUUUGAACAAGUAUUUUCUUUAUCACAAGCCAACGAAAAUUCUCUCUCCUGAAUAUCUGUGGGACAAUCAUGCCGGGGUCCCAGCAUUCCUUAAAAGAAGAAGAUUUAUUGCAGUUACCAAAAACCAUAAUGCAAUACGGAACAAACGGGCAUUGCUGGGCCAUUCAAGAAACAAGAAAUAUUUUUAGAGCUUGGUCUCCAUUUGGCAGGCUUACCAUUUUCCAUAAACUAGACCUUUGGAAACUAAACUGAAUGCUCCUAGAGUACCAUUUUCUUGCUGAUAUUUAUGAUGUACGGACAAAGGGACAAUUUGUUGACACUUCAGCUUUCGGAAACAUGCGUCAAAAAACCAAAACCUAUAUCCCGGUAUAGUUCCUUUCCAGGACUGCUCUCUGCUCUGGUGUAAGACCUUAGAAAUCAGGCCUCCACUAGCAGACCUGAUGUGCAGAGCAGUUACAAAUUAUAUGAAUGACCUUUCGUUAGACUGCCCUUAGGCCAAAAUGUGUUAAGCCUUAACAAGAGAUAGAGUAACAAGAGAUAGAGUGGAGAUGGAUAAAGAGUGAUAAAGUACCAGCCAAUCAUCUUCCUAACUGCCAUGUAACAGGCUGUGUUUGAAAAAUGACAGUUAGGAAUCUAAUUGGCUGGUCAUUUAUCACUCUAUGGAGUCUAUUCAUGAAGCAGUGAAAAGUGUGGAGAAGUUGCCCAUGACAACCAAUCAUCUGCUCCGUACAAUUGUUUAGUAUGCAAAUUAUAAAUGUUACUUCAAUGCUGAUUGGCUGCCAUGGGCAACUUCUCCACUGGCUCACUUCUCCACACUUUUCACUGCUUCAUGAAUAGACGCCUUUAUCUGUCUCCACUUUAUCUCUUGUUAAGGCUUAGUACAUUUGGGCCUAAGAGUUUCCAGUGAUUACCCUUUGUAUUAUUGUGAAUACUUGACACUGAAGUUAAUGGGGCCGAAAUUGACAAAGUAUGGUUUUCUGUAAGCAUCUAUUAACACAGGCACUUUUGCCAGCUUAUUAUACCAGCCAGCGAGCCACAAAUGCCCCACUUGCUUGUUGAUAUUUAAAAUAGCUGAAAUAAGGUAUCAGGGCAGCCAUUUUGAUUCUAUACAGUACUCAGUUGAUAAACUUUUUCAGCUAGGGUUUUUCGCAUAAACAAAGCAGUAGCCGAUGGCAGCAAUGUCCUGUUAUAAGUGUGUUUGACUAUGGUCCAACGUAACAAAUACCUUCGUUAUACAAAAAAUGCAGGAGAUGACAUGGGAGGGGCCACAAUAUCUUACAGCCAAUAAAAUCCACAUGGGAGAGGCAAUGAAAACGUACAGCCAAUCAAAUAAGUAAAAUGGUAACUGAGUGUUUCUGCGAAGCUUGCUCGUGCCGCCAGUCUCGAUGAACGCAUGUUGAAUAGGAGAGGCUAGGCCAACAUAAAGUCAGUCCGAGCAAUUUACUAUUUGCAGCAACACUGAGUAAUAAAUAAUGUCUGGUUCCUGUGAAACUGCUGUAGGACAAAGUUCAAUUAUUGAAACUUUUUUAUUAUUAUUAUUAUUAUUAUUUUUUUGUUAUGUUUUCCUAAACUGUGUUAUAUUUUUUGCGUUAACACUACCUUCAGCUUGAGAAAUCUUCGCACCUGAUUACAUCUGAUCAGCGCCAGCAGUCACCAUCUAGCUGUUCCUUGAUUCCUUUUAUUUCUUUUUCUGGGGACGGUGCACUGAGAAAAAUGGAGACCUUGAUGGUACACAUUACGGUGCCCAAGAAUUGCACAUUUGCAGUAUUUUAAGUCCGUUUGAAACCCUGUUUUGGGGUGCGGGUCACCUUCAAUUUUUACACCUCGUUGUAGUGUUUAUUAAAGGUAAAUAUUAAAUUUUCACUGUUCUUUAAUUUUACCAAGCCUUGAUAUUCUGUACUAUUUAUUUAAAAAUAUAUUUUUUCUUAAUGGAAAAUAACCAUUAAGAUAUUGAUGAACAUUGAUAAAGAAUUCUUAUGGACAUUUUCCAUCAUUACUUCUCCUUGAACUUGUCUUGACUUUGACACAUUUGUAAAAAAAAUAAUAAUAUUUAAUAAAUACUUUCUACUGUUUUUUCAGUGCUUCUGUCUGUAGCCUAAUGGUGUGCCGGCCCCGGUGCUAGAGUGGGGGGCAUUGGCAAUCUCUGGG